UAUUUUUAUUUUGACACGCAACGCGGAAGUAGCACGUUCAAGCUCACGUUUUAUUUUUGAAGACAAACACGGAAGUAGUUUAAGUCAUCACGUUCGCUUGAUGCGAUAUCUGGUGGGUCUGCUCCCCGGGACCACAAGCAAUAGCACUGUUUUCAUCAGCGGGACUCUGGCUCACUUUUUAACGGACUGACAACCGUGGCCGCCCGGGAGUAUCAUUCUUCUUUUUCAACCCCAGUCGUCGUCGAAGCACUUGGACCAUUUUCCCCAAUAAACUUUCGGACUCUUUUGUGUAGUUUUUAUGUCCAGAAAGAAGGAUGCAACCCCCACCGAGAAAGGUCCGGGUCACCCAAGAGCUGAAACACACUCACAGCGAGCAGCUAAGCAGACUGCACGUCAAACACCAGGCUGAGUGUGACCUCCUGGAAGACCUGAGGACUUUUAGCCAAAAAAGGGCAUCUGUCGAGCGGGACUACGCCCAGGCCCUGCAGAAGUUGGCCAAUCAGUACCUCAAAAGAGAAUGGCCCGACAGCCUGUCAGAGGAAGCGGAUCACAGGAACAUGUAUUGCGUAUGGAGGGCGUAUCUGGAGGGUACUGUCCAGGUUACCCAAUCAAGGAUCGGUGCCUGCGACAACUACAAAGUGCAAGUUGCAGAGCCGGCAAAAACGGCCCGGCUGCAGAAGGAGCAGCAGCUGCGUAAGUGCAUCGAGCGGCUGAUGAGCAUUCAGGCCGAGUUGCAGGACUCCGUCAAAGACCUGACCAAGAGCAGGAAGAAGUACCAGGAGGCGGAGACCAUGGCGCAGGCCGUGCGGGAGAAGGCCGAGCUGGAAGCCAAGUCCAAGCUUAGCCUCUUCCAGUCCAGAUCGAGUCUGCAAAGGGCAACUGUCAAGCUCAAAGCCAAGCGGAGCGAAUGCAACUCCAAAGCCACCCACUGCCGCAACGACUACCUGCUCACGUUAGGGGCCGCCAACGCUCACCAGCAGCGCUACUACGACACCGACCUCAGCGACUGUCUCAAGGUGCUGGAUGGUCGGAUUCAUGAGCAGGUGAAGGAUUAUCUGGUGUCGCUGUGUCAGACGGAGCUGGAGAGCUACCAGGCCGUGCACGAUGUCUUCGCCAAGCUCCUGGACAACUCCAAGGGGGUUCUGCAGGAGUUCCAUCAGCAGAUGUUUGUGCAGAAGAAUUCCGUUUUCCAGAAAGCCGCUGACUUCUCGUACCAGCCCAUCGACACGGAUACGGUGACGCAUCUGCUAAAAGAGAGCGGCACGGCGGAGGAUCACAGCCUGGACAAGGAAGCCCGCAAAUGGGCCAGUCGAGUGGCCCGAGAGUACAAAACUAUCAUCCACACACAACGGGUCUUGGACGAAUUUGGGGCUCAGGGGAACUCUGAGCAGAACGCAGGAGAGCUGGAGGCCAAGAUGGAAGUGGCGAGGCAGAGUCUGCGGAGGGCAGAGACGGUAAAGGCGAAGGCAGAGGCCCGUCUGGAUCUGCUGAGGCAAGCGGGCGUCGGGGUGGAAAUGUGGCUAAAGAGCGCCAUGAACCAGGUGAUGGAGGAUCUGGAGAACGAGCGCUGGAACAACCUCAGUGGCCACGAUCCCUCGCUCUCCGGAACGGCCGACUUGGAGCGCGAGGAGGACGAGGAGGAGACGGAGGACAGCGGCGAAGUAUUGGACGACAGCAGCUCCAGCCCCUCCAGCACGUUGAAAAAUUACCCCCUCACCUGCAAAGUGCUCUACUCCUACAAGGCCUCUCAGCCAGAUGAACUGACCAUCGAGGAGCAGGAAAUCUUGGAGGUCAUCGAUGACGGUGACAUGGAGGACUGGGUGAAGGCCAGAAACCGUAGCGGCCAGGUCGGCUACGUCCCGGAGAAGUACCUGCAGCUGCCGUCCUCCAACAGCCUGCUGAGCAUGCUGCAGUCCUUGGCCGCGCUGGACGCUCGCUCGCACUCCUCCAGCAACUCCACCGAACCCGAAACCGAGCUUCCCACCGGCUCUGUCAACGGAGACUCCAGCGUGUCGUUCGCCAAGGCGCUGUACGACUACGCCGGCCAGACGGACGAUGAGCUCUCCUUCCCCGAGGGCGCCAUCAUCCGCAUCUUGAGCCGGGAAACCCACGAGGAUGACGGCUUCUGGGAGGGCGAGUUCAACGGCGUCGUGGGCGUAUUCCCCGCCGUCCUGGUAGAGGACCUGGCCGGCAGCGCAGGCGAAAGCGGUGCCGGGCAGAGAGACGGCGGAAGCAUUCAGUCUUCCCCCUGCACGCCUGCCCACUGUGAGCGCUCCCCUUGCAGCCCCUUCCACGUGGGGCCGCUCCACAGCAGCCCCCUGCAGACGCCCACCACCUCGUCCUCACCGCAGUCCAGCCCCUGCAGCGUCGCCGCCUCGCCCAUCGGACAGCCGCCCGCCUAUCACAACGGGCACCACCGGCCACCGCCCGCAACGCCACACAAGAGCCCCUUCCACAGUCCGGCGCAAGGCUCCCCGCAGCCUCCCAAAUACCCAGAGAGCGCAUCUGGCAACAUUCGACCUGUCCGAGCUGCUCCGCCUCCCCCCAAGCAGCACCCCAGGGGGCAGGUGAAGCGGAGAGAGGAGGUGGAGAUCACGCUGGUGUGAAGUGGACAUGGGACGCCCCCUAGAGGACGCCUCUCACUGCCAGUGCUUUUGCCGGAAUGAAAAACAAACGUGCCUUUCUCGCCUUCGAAACCAACACCUCUCCAUUUUCAUUUGAACACUCUUUCGUUUCAUGUGAGAAAAUGGCCGACGACCUGUCAGAGUCUGCAGUUGUCUGCACUGUAAUGUCACAUUGGUUUAAGGAGGGGCGGGGUCCGAGGCUGGUCCUGAAUCCCCACCCCCCACCCCCACCUCCACCUCCAACACUAAAAGAAGGGAAAAGUGGCAAUGAUGUGAGUAGGAUUUUUAUUUCUUUAAAGAAUGUCACUCUCCCUGUUUACAUUGUGCUUUGUUUAAAACAAAUGGAACAUUUCUAACCCCCCUUUAAUCUUCACAUCUGACCUUUCUUGUAAAAAUAGCCCCCCACUCCACCCAAAGCGCCCAAGUUUCAGUUAGUGUUAUUGAGAAAGCGUUCAAAUCCCAGGUCACCAAGUUCUGUUUGAAAGGCGAAAGCGGAAAAUGCCGAUUCUUCUGUUUAGACCCCUGAGGAGGAAAUUUAGCAGGUGUGAAAGAUGCCUUUUUGCUCAUGAAUGGUAGGGAGCGAUCCUGUUGUAAAAUGUAUAGCGCGUCACACAAUGAAGCACUUUUUCAUGUCUUCGUCGUCGUUCAGUAUUUUGAUUGUCAACAUUUCUCCUGUUUUGUUUACCAGCUGUAUUUGGUAUGAAUACUUUUGUCAUAUUGCGUUAUUUAGCCUUAAAUAGCCGCUUUAAAUGUCUUAUAGAGAAGCUAUCGUUGUUUAAAAUAGUUUACAGAGAGCUUGGAUAUGGAUAUCCAUACAAAUUAUUAGUACAAUUUGUAUUCUUUUAUUUCCGUUUUUAGACUUUAGGAUUAAAACAAAAUGAUUUAGUUCCACUCGAUCUGCGUGGUGAGUAAAAAAAAAAAAAGGAUAUCCGUCAGCCACGUUGCUGUUUUCUUGUUGAUCUCCUUGAGAUCUGAAUGACAUCAAACUUAUUUUUGAAGUUUGCGUUUACCCUCAUGUAUUGAAAUAAGGAAAAAAAAAAGAGAAAAGUAUCUUUUCCCUGUUUAGAGAAGUAACACGCUACUUUUUCCACGUUUGGUUCCGCUGUGUUCACCAAGUUAGUGCUGCAGUGACUGCCAAGCGUCAUAUUUACACACACAAGUGGAUGUUUUACAGUAUUUAUUGUGUACAAAUAAAUGUGAAAUAAAGAAUAGCUUCAAUAGUG